AUGUUUGCUACAGCACCAACUGGAUCCGGAAAAACAGUCAUGAUGGAGCUGGAACAUGGUGGAGACCAGUCCAAAAUAGUUUAUAUUUCACCAACCAAAGCAUUGUGCAAUGAACGGGUUCGUGACUGGCAAGUCAAAUUUAAAUCUGUUGGGCUUACUUGUCGAGAACUGACAGGUGAUACAGAUUACAAGCAAAUAAGCGAAAUUCAAAGAAGCAACAUCAUUGUCACCACACCAGAAAAAUGGGAUAUUAUGACCCGAAAGUGGCGGGACCACAGGCACUUGAUGAAGAUGCUCCGACUUGUUUUGCUGGACGAAGUGCAUAUACUAAAGGAGCCAGGCCGAGGAGCAACAUUAGAGGUCAUUGUGAGUCGAAUGAAGGCAGUUCAUAGUGAGAUCUAUUCGCUGUCAACUGCUGAGCAUGUUGAUAGUUCAAACCAAGACGCUUUAAAAAAUGUACAAGAAAAGUAUGAAUCAAGACCUAUUCGAAUCUUGGCAGUCUCGGCAACAGUUCCAAAUAUAAACGACAUUGCCGAGUGGCUAAAGAAUUCAGAUGAACGACCUGCCGAGCUUAGAAAGUCUGCCAUAUCAGCAGCAGGACAGCUUGCAAAAGAAUGUAAAUUGAUUUCUAGUUCUGGGUUUCAUCCAUUCACUAAUGGGCUGGAAUACAAAGGAGGCGUUGAACAGCAUCCGGAUGUAUCGGAUAAAGUAUUGCAUGAUUACAUGCGAGAACGAGUGGCAUUUCAUCAUGGAGGCACAACAUCGACGCUAGCAGUUGGAGUAAAUCUACCUGCUCAUCUUGUGAUUAUCAAGGGUACAUCUCAGUAUAUUAAUGGAGAAUUUCGGGACUAUUCUGAUAUGGACAUUGAGCAAAUGAUUGGACGAGCAGGAAGGCCUCAGUUUGAUACAACGGGGAUAUCUAUUAUCAUGACAUCGCUAGAUAAAACUGAACACUUUCAAAAACUGAUAUCUGGACGAGAAGUAAUUGAAAGCAGUCUUCAUGAUAAUCUUAUUGAGCAUUUAAAUGCUGAAGUAGUUCUUGGCAGCAUAUCAAAUCGCCAGAGCGCAUUGAAGUGGUAA